GCAAUAUGUGAUUUAUGCGUUACGUAUGUUGGUCGCGUUAUAAUUUAUUCAAUCCUUGUGCUAACUGAGCGAACAACCACCGAUGAACUUCAGCACAUCCUGCGCUACAACGUGCCUACAAAUUGGAUGACAAUCUACUAACAUCUGGUCGUUGCAUUUUUCGCACCACUGCAACAACAUACCUAUAGUCUGGACGGAAACCUACCAGCAGCUGGUUAUUCCAUUUAUGGGCUGGUUUUUACUUCAGUAUGUUGGACCACCGGGAUUAACGGAGACCUAUGGUGCUUGACUGGUUGGAUUAUGUGUGCAUCAGGAGAUUGUUCAAUUGAUUGUCGUGAUAUUAUUGCUCCUGCAAAUAUUCUAUUUAUUAUAAGCCUAUGCACUAUUCUAUUGGGUGUUGUCCCCAUUAUAAUAGGUAUUUGUGUCAGCCUGGUUGAUGGAAGAUUGAUCACUCACUUAUCGAUAUCUUAUUUAGGUAUUCCCUUUGUUUUAGCUGGCUGUAUCACGUUAAUUGUAGCUGUUGUUCGAAUUGUCUCUACGAAUAAAAAACUGUGUGAUAUGAAUUUAACAUUAAACGAAUUCAAAAGACAAUGGAAUCAAGAAGAGAUGAGUGUUGGGUUUACUUCUCCUAGUAGUCAAGAAGAUGUAUAUAAGUCAUUUUCUUCAUCACUUAGCAAAUCUCUGAGUAACUUAAGUCAUAAUUCGGUUUCGAAUAAUGAAAUUGAAUUACCUAAAUCGUUGACGAACUUCCACCAGAGGUUACCAAUGCCACCAAGGCAAGCUAUUUUGAAUUAGAGCUAUUCAGUUAUCACUGUAUAAUAAGUUCUGGUUUUUUUUAUAUACUUGAUGUCUUUCACCAGUAACUUUUAUCACUUUGGUUUUCAUAAUUUGUUUUUUAUUUGACAAAUAAAUGGUUCAAGAUGUUUU